CCUUGAGUAUAAAGCAACUAUAAGAGUGGGCAAUCUGUCGUUUGUCCGUCAAUCAACUCUUCGUUCACGUCUUCCGCACAGCUCCGAACAAUCUUCGCCGAUCAUCGAGAAUGAGUCCUAGAUUGGUAUUGUCGUCUGUCAAAUGGUUCGGUCUGGCCUGCAUCCUCGUGAUGGGAGCCCAUCCUUCGCUACAAGCGUCCAUUAUAGCGCCAGGUGGCCCGAGCAAGACCAUAUGCGACCCGCGUGCAUUCCGCCAAGCCAUUGUCAGUAUUUGUACUUUCCAACGGCGAGACAUCCAUCCAGUCAGCGCUAGCCCUGACCGGUAUUUCUACAAUGUCAACGAAAGUGAAAGUGGAACGGAAAGCGGGUCGCAAGGUGAACGCCAGCCGUACGACAAGGUGGUGUUUACCCAGUUGGGAAAGGAGACUCUAUUCUUCCCAGUGGAGGUGUACACAGCCAAAGUGAAGCGCCAUCGUGAGUUCGCCCUGCACCGCAAAUGCUGCCUCACCGGAUGCUUUCCCAUGGAUUUUGCUGGUGUUUGCACGCACUGAACUCACCGAAAUUGAAUUUUUCGUGAAACUCUUGGUUGUGUCUUUUAGUUGUUUUUUUUUUCCCGUAAUUCAGUUGCCACUGUUCGUAAUUCUAAUAACUUGACUCGUCGGGCGAUGAACAAACGAAUUCCACAAGCUAUGACUCAUUAUUUACGACUCUUCGAAAUACAUACUAUUACCCAUUGAAAAC